CGUAGUGAUGAGACAGCACGGAGAAAGACUGGGAAAAGUUAAUCACAGACUGAAGCGAAAUCUAUAGGACGUGACCGGCAGCAAAGUUGCAGAAGCAAGGAUCAGGGCUGUUAUGAAAGUAGUGUUUUGAAUGUACAUGCGGAAAAGUUCGAUGUACACGCUAGCGACGUCUACAUUGUCAUAACGCGCGAUCGGAAUUUCAGAUGAAUAGAUCAGGUGCUAUUAUUUUUUGGUCCGUUCAAGAUCCGGGGCUAUUCAUAACGACGCCAAUGCAUUCAAGCAAAGGAAAUGUGUAACAUUCCUGAAACAAAGAAUAACUGUACGGUCUUUCCAUUUGUAGUAAAAUGGACAAAGUGGGGGCGACUCUGCCACACAAUGAUGUAGAACAUACAGCCGUUACCGGCACAUUUGGAGUAGUCCGGGAGAAGCUCCAAUCAGAGCUAAGAGAGAGGUAUGCGUCAUUAUGUGACAGAACUCCAUCAGGACAGGGGAGGCAGAAGCUCCCCCUUACACAGGCCUAUGUGGACCGCCUCAUCACUGAGGGGGACGUCCAAUGGCACGAUGACAGGCACGCUGCCGUGCGCCCGGUUAGGCCGCCUUCUGACAUGCCCACUGCAAGUGAGGAAGUGACGAUCAAGCUUGACGACAUCUUCACGCAAUCUCUCACUCCUGAUCUACCUCAAGUUAAAACCGUCCUGACGAAAGGACCUGCGGGCUCAGGAAAGACUACUUGCGUUCAGAAGUUUGUUUUGAACUGGGCAGAGGGCAGAGCCAAUCAGGAUGUCGACUUCGUAUUUGUCUUUCCCUUCUGUGAACUGAACUGGCUGAGAGACCAGAGCCUCAGUCUGAGUGGUCUCAUACGGCACUUCCACCCAUCCGUGAUGUCAGAGAGCGAGACCCUCAGCCUGGACCUGAACCAGUCCAAGGUGUUUUUCAUCUUGGACGGUUUGGACCAAUUCCACCUCCCUAUGGACUUCGAAAACAUGUCAGCAGAGUGUGACAUCUUUAAAGAAAUGCCUUUGCCUGUUCUGCUGGCGAAUCUCAUCUGGUGUCAACUGCUUCUUCCAUCCACCUACGUCUGGGUGACCUCCAGGCCGGCUGCCGCCACUCUCAUCCCUUUCAACGUCCUCCCCCAACACAAAUGCUUGACAGAGAUCCGGGGAUUCGACGACUCCCAGAAGAGGAUGUUCUUCAAGCUGAGGUUCGCCGACGAGGGUCAGGUGUGCAAAGCUACUGCCCGAGUCAUGAAAGCUGUCGCCUUGGAGUCAACGAGGAACCUCUGCGUCCUGUGCCAGACGCCUUUGUGUUGUGAGAUGUUGGCGGCCAUUAUGGAAAGCACAGAGGAUGGAGAGAGUCUCGAGAUGGAUACUCAAACGCAACUUUACACUCAUUUUUUGCUAAUUCAAAUUGGUUUAGCGGGAAAAGACGAACAUGGAGUACGCUCAGAAACUAUCAGAGAGGAUGUUCGUAAACUGGGGAAGCUGGCUUUUCUACAACUGGAGAAAGGAAGCCUCAUAUUCAGCGGAAGCAAUUUGAAGGAAUGUGGAGUUGACAUCGCAGAAAGUUCUGCAUUCCAGGGGUUGUGUCGGCCACUUAUUACAGGGUGUGAGACCUACCCAGAGAAAAUGUACAGCUUCGCUUACACAGGAGUUCAAGACUACCUUGCUGCUCUGCAUGUGUUUUCUUCCUAUGCAAUCAAAAGGAGAAACCUGCUACUCAACCCAGAUACACUAUUUGAUUGGUUAAAAGGGACUUUUAGGAGAGCAACGCUUUCCGACCUCCACAAAUGCUCCGUGGACAUGGUUUUGCGGAACACGCAUGGAAAGUACAACCUCUUCCUUUGCUUUCUCCUUGGUCUCUCAUCGACGCCCAAUCAGACCGUCUUAGACCUAGCGUGCCCUAGGAGAAGUUCAAAAGUGACAGGCUUCAAACGAGCUGCAGAGGCCACUGUAGAGCUCAUAAAGCAGGAGAUUAAGGAUGAGACUUACCCCCAGACCACACUGACACUCCUCCUCGGUCUGCGGGAGCUGAGGGAAGCCUCGCUGGGCAGAGAGGUCCGCCGUUACCUGUCCUCAGUGUCCCGCUGGGGGUUUCUGUUGGAGCCCGACCAGUGCUGGGAGCUAGCGUACAUGCUUUGGGCAGGGGGGGAACUGGAGCGGGAGGUGUUCAGGGAGAAGGAACGGUUGAGUUGGACAUGCCGGAUGAGCAUGUGGGGCUUUUGGAGGAUGCAGACCGUAUUGGGAGACAGACACUGGCAGAUCGAAUAGAAAUAUCAUCCCCACUGUAUGUGUCUACUAGAGAGACUUCCUUACAGAGUACUGCCACAUUGAACGAAUUGAAGGAAGUUUAAAAAAGUUUCUUUAGACAACAACAAACACCAUUUGUAGCCUGUAGAAUUACUGUCUACAGAGUGUUUUACUGACGUUAAUACUGUUUAGUAAUGUUUGUCUAUUAGACAUUCAGUUACUGCAUGUAAAUGCAUCCUUAUGCUCAUUAGACAUUCAGGUUAAUGAGGAGCUAACGUGACUGCCCUAUAAUGUGUGAUGGAAGUUUAUUAUACAUUUUAAUGUAGAUUCUGCAUUACUCAACUGCUUAAUAUCUAGCAUCCAUGGCUGUGUUGUAGGGACAAUUGGGUUGUUUGCAUAACAUUUUCCUAAAAACAUUUGCAUAUAUUCUUUGUGUUUCCCAUGUCAUUCUUAGUCUGGUUAGAAUUGUGACUGAAAUACUGACACGUUGACACAUAAAUAAAUCAAUAAAUUGGUUAUUCAAACAAACAGACUUUUUUCGCUUAGUGGUUUGGACCGAUUUGGAACUUACAUGGCAGAAGUCAGAGCACAUUUGAGUGUGUUCAAAGUGCCAAAGGACUCCAGGUAGAAGUCCUUUGCCAUGUCAUUUUCCCAUUUGCGAGAUACUUUCUUCACUGCUGCCACCCUGAACAAUCGUAGGGCGGUACCAGCACUUUAAGGUCCGAAUAGGAGCGGCAGUGGAGUGAAGUGAACUGGGGCUUCAUGGUGCCGUGACAGGUCCGGAUGGUCAGGUCAAAGCCGGCACAGCAUUAUAAAUCAUUGUUUAAAAAAGCUAAGGGAGGCUAAACAGCAUUUGAAACCAUUUUUGACACUGAUAAGGGAGGC